AUGCAACCACCAAUCGAUCCCAGCCGGCCAAAGCAACAGCGGCGCGGCGGCCAGGAGAUGCACCGGGUCAUGGCCGCCGGCAGCCCCAACUCCCAAUUGAACGACGGCGUCGGCCAGACAGGUAGAGUUGAGAUGCAAAGUGAGGUGCAGGGUCGACUACCACCAUGUCCUCCGAUGGCAGGCCUUUUUGCCGGAGACAAUGAUGAUCCUCUGGCGAAGCCGUACUCUUGCAGCUACGCCCCCUCUGCAUCCUUUGAGGACAUGGCCAACGACAACACUUUUCUAAAUGGAAAUGGAUAUUUUUCCAACAUGAUGGUUGAAACCAAUCUAGGGGAUUUUGAUAAUUAUAGCAACACGAAUGCUGACCAUCAGUCACAAGCAAUGCAAGUUAGUCCAGCAGUCCCCUCUGCGAGGCCGAACCAUAAGAGAUCAAAGAAUUUCAGUGACCAUGAAGAUGAGGUUUUGGUUUCAGCGUGGCUGAAUAUAAGUUUGGAUCCGGUCGUAGGCAAAGAUAAAAAAGGUGGCAGGUAUUGGUCUCGUAUCUGUGACUAUUUCCAUGAGCAUAAGACGUGCCAAUCAACGCGUACCAUUAAUUCUCUAAUGCACCGGUGGGAGACCAUACAGAAAUGUGUGAACAAUUUUUGUGGAUGUCUAACACGGAUUGAGUUAAGGCGUCAAAGUGGUACUACAAUGCAAGACAAGGUUGCAGAGGCAUGUGCUUUGUACAAGGCCGAAGACCAACAUAACAAAGCAUUUCAGUUCAUGCAUUGCUGGAAUAAGCUGAGAACACAACCAAAAUGGCUUGCUAAACUUGAUGAAUUUGCUGCUGCUAAAACAUCUAACAAGAAGCAGAAGUCAAGGCCUACUGCUGAUCCGAGUGCAACUUCACCAAGUGAAGUAGGACAAGAUGCAGUUGAAGACUUAGAUGCUAAUGCAUUGACAAGGCCAAUUGGUAAGAAGAAGGCAAAAGCAGCAUUGCUGCAAGAGAAGAAAAAAAGUGUGACAGCAACCUUAGAAAAUAUGUGGGCACAGUUAAAAGAAACUGAUGGGGAGAAAGAGCUAAAGAAAGAUCAGAGGUUCAACAAAGCAUUUGCUCUUGAACAGGAACGAGUUGCAAAUGAAAAACUACUUCUUGAGGUGAGGAGUCAGGAGGUCCAAUUACAGAGGAAGAGGGAUGAAGAGAGGAUUAUGACCAUGGACCUUAGUGCCAUGCCAGAUGAGCAAAAGAAAUACUACAUGUGCUUGCGGGCUGAGAUCAUGAGCCGAGUAUUUAAUUAG